CAGUUUCUUCUACAUAAUUUUCAAACUCCAUGAGGAGAUCAAGCACCAAAAUUAUCCAGUUCUUCAUCCUUCUCGUUCUCGUUUUUCCAUCCCUAGUUGUUUCUGAGUGCACAUGUGAAGAUGAAGAAGAAGAUCGUGACAAAGACAAGGCUCUCAGGUACAAAAUAGGAGCUAUAGUUUCCAUACUAGUUGCCAGUACGAUCGGAGUUCUGAUUCCGGUUUUCGGAAAGUUUGUCCCGGCGUUAAGUCCCGACAGGGGCAUUUUCUUCCUGAUCAAAGCCUUUGCCGCCGGCGUGAUUUUAGCCACUGGAUUCAUUCACGUGCUUCCCGAGGCGUUUGAGCGCUUGACUUCUCCUUGCUUGAGCAAUCAUGUGUGGGAAGACUUUCCCUUCACUGGUUUUGUGGCUAUGUGUACUGCCAUGGGAACCCUAAUGGUGGAUGCUUUUGCCACUGCGUAUUUCAAGAAACUUUAUGCAGAGAAAGGGAAGAUGGAAGCAAGAGGAGAUGACGAGGAACGCAUUGAACAUGAAGGACAUGUUCAUCUUCAUGCUCAUGGAACACAUGGACAUUCACAGGGAUCUAAUUCUCUACUCCUUCGUCAAAAAGUCAUAUCACAGGUAUUAGAGCUGGGCAUAAUAGUGCAUUCAGUGAUCAUAGGGAUUUCUUUGGGAGCAUCUCAAAGUCCAGAAACUAUAAAGCCUCUAUUUGCUGCUUUAACCUUUCAUCAAUUAUUUGAGGGCAUGGGCCUUGGAAGUAGUAUCACACAGGCUCAAUUCAACAACAAAACUAUAGCAACGAUGGGACUUUUCUUUGCUCUGACAACUCCAAUUGGAAUAGCAAUUGGAAUAGGAAUUACAAAUGUGUAUGAUGAGAAUAGUCAAACUGCUCUUAUUGUUGAGGGCAUUCUUGAUGCUGCAUCAGCUGGAAUCUUAGUCUAUAUGGCACUUGUUGAUUUUUUAGCUGCCGAUUUCAUGAGUGACAGAAUGCAAAAACACAUUCGUCUUUUGCUUGGAGCCUCUAUUUCUUUACUGUUAGGUGCUGGUUUGAUGUCUCUUUUAGCCAAGUGGGCUUGACACUUGUAAUUUUUUCAUGCCUUUCUUUUAAUUAGUUGAUGCAUAGUGAAAACAUUUACUAUUUC